UACUCGUACCGCUACAGUAAGGUCCGGCGUGCCGGGUUCCCGUCAUCCCAUCCCAGGGAUCCCAGUCUCUAUCAGUUCAAGUAGACAGACUGUGAUUGGUCGCUCUACGAUAACGUCUCGCUAGUGAAAAAAAUAUUCCGUCAGCCUCGAGUAGCCUCGUCCCUUUCCCCUCCUCCUCUUCUCCUCAACCCCUCCAAUUCCACAUCGCCCACCAUUCCCAACCUUCAAUCACCAUGGCUGGCCCACCGAACAAACGCCAGAAGAGAGCCGAAUAUAAGAAUUCGAGAGAAAAGGGCACUACGACGGAGCUCCCCAAGAAGAAAUUUUACAGACAGCGGGCACAUGCCAAUGUUUUCUCCGACCAUGAUUUGGAAUAGUAAGCCAUUUUGAACAAAAUCUCGCCGAGUAUCAACUAAUUCUCCGUAGCCCAAUCAGUCCAGCCCACAUGAAAUGGGCACCCUACUAUGCCCCAUAUGCAGAACCCACCAAGUCUAUUGUAAAGGGCACGGUGGAGUCCCAAGGCGUAAAAAGGCCCAACGACGAAGGCGAGAAAGAAGCCCAAACCACUGCGAUUGAGGAGGAAGACUCAAGAAAGCUUACACAGGAUGUGGAGGUGGCAGAUAUCGGAUGUGGCUUUGGAGGAUUGCUUGUUGCGCUCGCCCCCAAACUUCCGAAUACCUUGCUACUAGGUAAAUACUAAAUCGGAGUGAGAUGUCUUAGAAGCUAACACAGAACUCACAGGAAUGGAAAUUCGAACUCAAGUAACAGAAUACGUCCAGGAAAGAAUCAAAGCGCUUCGAAGUCAAUCUGCCGACGAGAAACUAUACCAGAAUGCUGCCUGUCUACGAGCAAACAGUAUGAAAUUCUUGCCGAAUUUCUUCAAGAAACAUCAACUAUCGAAGAUUUUUCUCUGUUUUCCGGACCCCCAUUUUAAAGCAAGAAAACACAAGGCUCGUAUCGUGUCUACAACAUUGAAUUCGGAGUAUGCGUACGUGGUUCGUCCAGGAGGAAUUAUCUAUACCAUUACAGACGUUGAGGAUUUGCAUUUGUGGAUGGUGGAGCAUUUCGAUAAACACCCUUCUUUUGAAAGGGUGGCUGAAGCAGAGCAGGAAGCAGAUGAGUGUGUGGAGGUUAUGAGGACCGAGACGGAGGAGGGACAGAAAGUCACACGAAAUAAUGGACAGAAAUUUGUGGCACUUUUUCGCCGGCUGGAAGAUCCUCCUUGGUAGCUUAUAUACUGCCGAUACGAAUAAUCAGAAUCCUUCAAGA